AUGCUUAUGAUUUGCACGUGCCAUGUGCACGUGCCCAUCCCAUGUGCACAUGCCCAUCACAUGUGCGCAUGCCCGUCACAUGUGUUCAUGCAUGUCUUUAACGUGUUCUCGUGGCCUGGUCACAUGGACUGUGCUGGUUUCACGUGCUCAUGCCACCGUCAUAUCUUCUCCUCUCUACCCCUCAACAUCCUGCUCCACAUGCAAUGCAACAGCUCUGUGAACAACAAUCGCCUCACAGGCAACAUUCCGGAGUCCAUUGGAAGCCUCACCAAGCUCAGCCAGCUGGUUUUGUCUUAUAACCGGUUCGAUGGUACCAUCCCUGAGGGCAUUGGCAACAUGAAGUAUCUUGAAGUAUUGUGA